GCCAGGAAAGAGACUGAAGUUUUUUGGUUUUUUUUUUUGGUUGGCCUUUUCUCUAACAGCUGGAGGUCUGCUGGGCAUUCAAGGAAUGGCUGCUGAGUAAGGCAGCUGUUUCAAUAACUAAUUGCAUUUUAGCUCUUAUAACUCUAGGGGAAAGCAUUGCAUUAUCUACCAUGAGCUACUUCCUGUCCUACUGCAAAGCACACUGCACCGCCGUGCUUGCCCAGUACCAGAGCCUGAGAUCAGAGGGCUUUCUGUGUGAUAUUUUGCUGAAAGUGAAAGAAAACGAGUUCCCUGCACACAAGUCCUUGUUGGCAUGCUCCAGCGACUACUUCCGAGCCAUGUUCAAAAGCUAUACCCAAGAGUCUAAAGCCAGUGUCAUUCAUCUGCAAGUUGUCUCACCUACUGGUCUCCAGCACAUCCUGGAUUUCAUUUACACAUCCUUGCUGCCUCUUUCCUUUGAAACCCUGGAGGACACUUUGGAAGCUGCAAGCUACUUGCAAGUGACGGAUGCUAUCAGUUUGUGCAAUCAGUACUUAAUUAACAAUCUUGCCUUAGAGAACUGCUGCUUCUCUGCCAAUGUGGCCAGGAAGUUCUACCUGCCAGAUGCCUUAGCAGCAACAGAAAAGUACAUUAUCAAUAACGUGUGGAAGCUGCUGGACCUGGAUUUGUCAGGACUUCUUGAGCUGAACUUCAAGUCUUUACUAGCAGUGAUUCAAUCACCAGAUCUCCCCAUGGUGAAAGAAAGCCACCUGUUGAAUCUUGUGCUGCUGUGGCUGAAGCAGGAUAAAUCCAGGCUGGAUCAUGCAAGCAGCCUUUUAGAGCACAUAAGAUAUGGUCUCAUCCCAGUGGAAGAGCUGAGAAAAACCUACACGCAGUCAGAAGUGUCCCUCUCAGCAGGUAUUAAGUGCUUGAUCAUUAAAGCAAUAAAUUAUCACACAUCUGUAUUCAAACAGCCUGUCCUGCAGGAUAAGUCCACCGCACUGAGGAACCAGAAAACUCGGAUCAUUCUGCUGGGGGGAGGGACGGCAAGUGAGGGGCUCGUCACCGACGUGGUGGCCUUCGAUGUUUACAAUCACAAGUGGCGAACCCUCACACAACUGCAGGACAGGGUGCAGAACCACAGUGUGUGUGUGGUGGGGAACUUCCUCUAUGUCUUGGGUGGGGAAAUAGAAAGUGGUUCCCUGGGUGAUGCUAAAACUGAAAAGAUCUUAUCGGUUACGAACAAAGUCCAUCGUUAUGAUCCGAGAUUUAACACGUGGACCCAAAUCACAGGCAUGCUGGAAAAGAGGUGCCAGUUUUCUUGUUGUGUCCUAGGCAAGAAUAUCUUUGCCAUUGGUGGAAGGGGUGAGGACGGGUCUCUGCAUUCGUCUGUGGAAGUCUAUGAUAUCAGCAGGGACAGAUGGACGAAGGCCAGGGAAUUGCCAUGCAAGAUACAUGGCCAUGCCAGUGCUGUUUGCAAGAACACUAUAUACAUCUCUGGGGGCAAGUACUCAGCCCCAGCCAGUACGAGCAAUGAUGUAUAUUCUCUGAGCUCACUUGAAGGGCAGUGGAUUAAAAGAGCCCCAAUGAGCAUUGCUCGGUUUGGGCAUCAGAUGGCAACAAUCAGGGAAUCCAUAUUCACCUUCUUAGGAUUAUAUGAACCAUUCUCUGAAAUAGAAAGGUAUGACCCUGACCAAAACAAAUGGACCCGGUUAAGACCACUGGUCUAUGAUCGAUUUUCCUAUGGCCUGGCAGUGGUAGAGGAAACGGCUCUUCUUAUUGGGGGAAAGAAAUGGCAAAACUCGCUGGAAGUCUCCACGCAAGACGUGGUUGGCUAUGACAUUGACAACGAUGGCUGGGAGGAGAUCUGCAAAGCCCCUCUGCCUUGGUGUGGGCUGCAGUGUGCUGUGCUCCAGCUCUCCGAGAUGGCUGAUGAGCAGGACAGUGACAGCCAGCACAAGAAGCUGCCCAACUGCUGAGCUCACACACUGAGGAACAUCUAUCCCGAGAGAUGAGUAAGUGGGGCGGUCCUGGAGAAGAAAACUGCAGUGGCACCGAAUAGGAGAAAGUGGAAGUUUUGCUUGGAUAAGCCAAAUGCUCGGUGGAAACACGCAAGAAAACCUGGCUCCAGCACAGAAAAAACACUGCUAGGAUUUAUAGAGCCAGAGGCUGAUCUCACUGAACAAGGAUGUGCUACAUCCUUGCAGCAUAUUUAGAGGAGAUCAGUGAGAAUCAUAAUCCUUGACUUUUGAAGAGUAAUACCUAGAUAGAAUUUAGUAGGUGUUGCAAGUCAUAUUUUUAAAAUAUUAAAAAAUAUAAUCCAACUUUUCUGUUUUCUUAAUCAGAGGUAAUUUUCCCAGCUGGUAAGUGCUACUGAGUUUUUAUGCUAUGGCUAAGCAAAAUGAAAGUAAGCUGUAUAAAGACUAGAAAAUUGAUGCCUAGAAGAAUUAAUAGCCAAAGAAAAGGUAUUAUUUGAUAUGCUACAUACUAGGCAAGAAUGUCUUACCUAACCAGCAGGAAAUCAGUAGACAGCAUGGAUUUUUUGCUAUGUGGACUCAGUUACAGCCAUAAGUGUUUGCUUGAUAUAAGCCAUUUCUCUCUCAGUGGCCUUUGUUGUAGGAUGCUUUCCGGAUGCUUAUUUUGUGUCAUUUUAAAGAAGGACUCUACUGGUACCGUACAUUUUGUUUGCAUCCAAACCCUAUGUUAGUUUAGAUGGCCAGGGCUCAAUAAGUAUACUUAUUAUCAAACUCUAAGAAGUAACUGUAACUAAUGCCUUGACAUUUUACCCGGGUAGCAUACAGUGUUUUAUCACACCUGCUCAUAAUGGUAAAAUUGUUCAUUGCUGUGGAACUGGUACGAGAGAAUCCUGCAGUCAAAAAAGGUUUACUUUCAUCAAACAGUACAAAGGGCAGGGAGGUAACCAAAGGUUUUCAGAAGUCUUUAUUCGGUGUCUGCCUACAUAUGAAUCAGCAAUAGUCGUUUUUGGCCAUGCUGGCAGAAUUCAAACUCGUUUUACAGAGGUAC